AUGUUCUGUCACGAACCUCGUGAACCUCCGAUUAACCGACUUACCUCUCAAUCUAUGAGGUGGGCGAGCAUUGAUAUGGUUGUUGUCGCCGGUUUGGGUCUGGUGAUUUACAAAUCUUUGGAUUAUGGAAUCGACGAUGAUGAGGAAAGGCAUUUAAGUCCAGAACUCUCUCGUCUUAUCAAGAAUAUGAUUGGUCAAGGAGCAGUUAUUCGUGCGCCGCUAAUCGAUAAUCACUCCGAUUGGAACGUUUCUUCAUUUCGAACCUCUUUGAGGUCUGCCGAAGACUCACCUGUAUUAUUGACUUUUCUUGGACUUUCGGUGCUCGAGAAUGGGGUUGUCCGUUAUUCUGAUCAAGGCAACCUUCUGGUCGAUCGUAGGGUUUCAAUUGUGGAGAGAGCUUCAACGUAUUCAAUAUCUAGAAAGUAUAUUAAUUAG